CAGAUUUCUCUUCAGACCUCAAAGGGAAAAUAUCAGGCAAAGGAAGGGAGAGAGGGAGAAAGGAAAGUGAGGAGGGGAGAGAGAGAGAGAAAUAGUAAAGAUGGCUAGUGAAUUCAGAAAGAAAAUGUUCUGGAGGGCAGUGGUGGCUGAGUUCCUGGCCAUGAGCCUUUUCAUUUUUAUCAGCAUUGGCUCGGCUCUGGGCUUCAACUUCCCCGUGGUGGCCAACAAAACAUCAACGAGGUCUCAGGACAACGUGAAGGUUUCUCUGGCUUUUGGGUUAUCCAUUGCUACCAUGGCACAGAGCGUGGGCCACAUCAGUGGGGCACACCUGAACCCAGCUGUCACCCUGGGGCUGCUGCUCAGCUGCCAGAUCAGCAUCUUCAAGGCGCUCAUGUACAUCCUCGCCCAGUGCCUGGGGGCAGUGGUGGCCACAGCCAUUCUCUCAGGAGUCACCUCCUCUCUCCCAGGAAACUCCCUGGGGCUUAAUGCUCUUUCAGAGGGAAUCAAUGCAGGCCAAGGGCUGGGAAUUGAAAUCAUCGCCACCUUCCAGCUGGUGCUGUGUGUCCUGGCCACCACAGACCGGAGAAGGAACGACGUCUCGGGAUCGGCACCUUUGGCCAUUGGGCUCUCCGUUGCCUUGGGCCAUCUUCUUGCUAUUGAUUACACUGGCUGUGGAAUUAACCCAGCCAGAUCUUUCGGCUCAGCGCUCAUCGCCAACAACUUUGAAAAUCACUGGAUUUUCUGGGUUGGCCCAAUCAUUGGAGGAGCAAGUGCUGCCCUGAUUUAUGACUUCAUCCUGGCUCCCAGAACCAGCGACCUCACCGACCGCAUGAAGGUGUGGACCAGUGGCCAAGUAGAAGAGUAUGACCUGGAAGGGGAUGACAUGAACUCCCGGGUUGAAAUGAAGCCAAAAUAAAGAAGGGCAUGGAGAGAGGCUAAAAAAAAGCAAAAAAAAAAAAAAAAAAAAAAAAAAAAAGCAAAAAAAAAAAAAGCCCAAACCACCAAACCGAAGAUUUUAUCAGUGUUAUAGACUCUUUGUAAACCAGCAAGCAGUACUUUUUUUUUUUUAAUUCAAUACAGUUUUCCUUUUUUUUUUUUUUUAUAUCUGGGGUUUUUCAAUUACAGAGUCUUUAGGUUGAGAAGUCAUGACCUAAACAAAAUUGGGUGAAGUUUAUUUAGGUCACCUUUGCAUGACCUAAAUAAAUUGGGCUGAAGUUUAACCCUUCCCUUGGUACCACCCAAUUCUGAGGUGUAUUUAGCAUGGGGGGUUCUCCUACCAGAGAACUCAGUAAUAAAUAGUUCCAAUGACCAGUUUGUUUCCUGAAAGAAUAGAUAUUGAGGACAGAGAAUCAUCUGUCCAAUAACAGAGACCAAUAACAGAGGCCUUACACUUGAAAAAACAGUAUUUAUACAAAAAUGCAAGGCUGGCAUCUAAUACCAGCAAUGAAUGGGGAAAAAAACCCAAUUUCAAAUCAGUACCCAAAAGCCUCUUUUGUAAGGAAAGGUUACUAAAGAUUAUUUCCUAUGUAAAAUUACCCAUAAUUUUCUAAAUUAUUGAUCAUAUUUGAGAAAGAGGGCCAGGAAAGUUAGGCAGGGUAAGAAUUUCCAGAGUCACAGGAUCUUUCAGACUUUCUAGUGUUUCAUUCUCCCUGAACCUGCAUCCAGCUGCUUGUGAGGAGAGAAUAUAUGUGACAAAAAAAAAAAAAUGUAGAUAUAUUAACUCCUGGGAAGUAAUAACUAGAAUUCAAAUUGAAGAGUAGCAACAAUGGCAACAAGAGCGAUGUGGUGUCAAUGUGUAAACAGGAUCUGAUGGUUCCUGUGACUACUCUGAAUUUGUUCACCUUGUGAAAUUUAUCAUGUGAUUUAAAGCAAAACAAGGAGAAAAGAAUUCCCCUUUCUCUCUGACCCUAUUCCAACAGCCAGCGCUGUGACAUUCAGGGACCACAAACAGAUGAACACACGGUAUAUUUUCUAAUGAGGGACAAAUACAUACCUGUAAGUCCAUUUUGGGGGUGGUUGCUUUGUUUUUAUAUAUAUAUAUAUAUAUAAAUGUUUAUAUAUAUGUUUUAUACAGAAAGCCUAGUGUACUGUUUUGUAAGAAAAUAAGAGCAUAAAGACAAGUGGAAAGAAUUGCAGCAGUGCUUAGCAAAAUAAACGACACUGGAAAUGAGAAAGAAAAUUAACUCUAAAUGAUGUGGAAGACUAUUUUCUGUUUAAAUUUGUGUGUGUGUGUGCUACUUAUGAUUUCCUGAGUAACCCAAAGCAUUAGCUGAUCUUACCUACUAACUAUAGAACAUAGUUAAAGCAGGCAUGUGCUGAUACACUUGUUCUGCAGUAAAUAAUUUUCCAUAAGAAAUGAGGCCCAGAGGAACUGAUGGAAAAUCAGUACACUCCAUCAUUCAGCAAAACCCCCCAGAGGUAAUGGGAUGGAUUCUCCUCUCUGAGAGACAGUGUGGGAUUGGGAGGUGAGGUAGGAUUGGCAUAGGAAUCUGUAUGGGUUGGAUCAUUUAAUCAACUUGAGCAGUUGAACAAUAAAAAAAGAAUAAAAAUGAAAAUACCAGCAAAAUAAACCCGAAUAUAUUUUAUCUUUCUUGUCUGCAUUUGGUGUGCUAUCCCAUGUAUUGCCUAUGUACAUAGAGCAUGAUUGGAUUUUGGGGUGGUUUAAAAAUAAAAAAAAAUCAGUUGUGCUAACAUA